GAACAAGGAAAGCCAUAUUUUUGCAGUUCUUGCCCUUGUGCUAAUGACAUUGUGUAUGCUAGGUUUCAAGAUUUUAGAACUUUUUGGUACGUUUCUAUGAGCGAUCUUAAAGUCAGUUCGUGCGCUAACGGCAUGGGUAAAAUGUACAAGUCAUCUUCUUCUUUCCUAUGAUGAAUUUAUUUCUCUGUUAGAUUCGUUAUUGAUAUUGAUAUUGUUGUCGUCUUUGUUAUUUUUAUCAAUUUGAUCAAGGGUUGUGUGCGUGCUUUUUUAAUGGCAAUGUCAUUGACGAUUAAUUUUGUUCACCGUUAUUUAUUUAGAACUCUUUCCCAUCGGGAGAUCCCACCACAACAAAUCAACCUGAGAAGUGUGUUGGGAAGCGGCACAUUUGGUGAAGUGUGGAAAGCUGUUGUGUGGGGUUUGAAUAGAUAUCCAGGACAUGCUACUGUUGCUGUGAAAAAGCUGAAACGUGAGAAACUGUUCUUUAGUGUGACUGUACUGAAUGGAUCAUUUGUGUGAUUAUAACGUUAUUGUAACUAGUAUCGUAUGACAAAGAGGGUUAGUGUUGAUCCAUCAAGUAGUUGAUGGAGAGAGCUGGAGACUUUUUUCCCACUUUUUCGUCAACGGAAACUAGGUAAAACGAUAGUCUGCAUACGAACCAAGUGGCUCAUCAGGCCGGAGCUUAUCCCAGUUUCUGUAGCAUGAAGCAAAUAGAAGAAUUUCUACUCUCCAUCCCCACCCCCCCAACCGGGGGGAUGCUAGUCCAUCGCAAGGUUAUGCAAAGCAUUAAAUUCGCCGGUACCCAUUUUUACACCUGGGUGGACAGAAGCAAUGUGAGAGUUAAGUACCUUGCCCAAGAACACAACACAGUGUCUCCGGUGGGCACUCUAAUCCGGACGGCUCGCUCCGGAGUCGAGGCCACUAACCACAGACUACCGCGCCUCCUAAUCAUAAGUUAUAUGGCAAUUUCUCUGGUACAAUUUUUUGUUUUUCAAUGUACAGAAACUACGCCUUACAGAAUCAUCUAACUUGAAGGCAGUAAUAGUGAUAUUAACUAUGAUUUUUAUGAUUUCUAUUUUUUAUUUUGUUUUCUCAACAGACAACAGCUCGGACUCAGAAAAGGAAUCUCUUGCACAAGAAAUAGAGUUAGGGCGGUCGCUCAAAGGAGACAGACAUUCAAACAUUGUUAACUUUCUUGGUUGCGUUUCUACCUCAGGUUUUUAGGACCAUUCAGUUAAAUACUUGUCUCUUUGAUUGCUUGAGUCACGUGUUUUGCUUGAGUCACGUGAUUUGGGUUAAUGACCUGGCCUAUCACGUGGUUACACUUAGUUGUCUCAUGUCUCAUUUCUUGUCUACAAUUUACGACCGCGUUAGCAUUGUGUUAUAAUUCUUAUAAUUCCUCUUAUUACCAGAUGCUCCGUUAAUGCUGCUUCUUGAAUAUGCACCAUACGGAGAUUUGCUUGGUUACCUAAGAAAAAGCCGAGGUCUAGAAGACAAGUAUUACAGUUCCCCCGAGUGUUGUCAACAGGAAGUGACGUCAUAUGAUCUGGUCUCGUUCUCCCAGCAGAUUGCUUCCGGCAUGAGCUUCCUAGCAUCUAAGAAAAUCCUUCACCGUGAUCUCGCCGCUAGAAACAUACUCGUAGGUGAAGGAAGAACCUGUAAAAUAACAGACUUUGGACUGGCGCUCUUACGAGAUAAACAUCAGUAUCUUUACUGUACGACGAUCAGAAAGGGCCGGCUGCCAAUCAAGUGGACCGCUCCUGAACAUUUGUUUAAUGAUUGCGAGGAAAAUGAUAUCAGAGUGUCGGAGAAAAGCGACGUAUGGUCUUACGGAAUUGUUCUGUAUGAGGUCUUCACUUUAGGAGGCCUUCCUUACCCUGGGUGGGGUGAGUGGAAGGUAGUGUACGAGCUGAAAGUCAACAAGUACAGAAUGGAUCAGCCGGAUCAUAUCAGCGAUGAGAUAUAUCAGAUCAUGUUAGAUUGUUGGCAUGAAAACCCGGAUCUUCGUCCAACCUUUGAACGUCUUUACCAGGUCACAACAGAAUUAUUGGAAGUAGAGCACUACCUUGAUCUGGAUAUGUCAAAGUACGAAGCACAUCUUUACUCAAAUGUGGAAGAAAUCGAGGCUACCAUGGGUUCUGCGCACUCUUUAGAGACACGAGGACUCUCUGACGAAAUGGUAACCAUGCCGACAGAGGAACAGGACAGCAGACUUUAGAACUGGCUCAGAGCCAUUUGGAAAAGUGUUUUUUUUUCCAAAAAUGAACAGUGAAGCAAACAUUAAACAGAUUGAAGGACAAUAGUGAGGUAGUGCAUAAGGUUACGUUAGGGUACGAACAAUAAAACUACAGUAGUAAUUUUGAACUGAUUUGCUUUCAUGAUAUAAUUACGAAAAGAAAGCAUUUAAUCAACUGUCAAUAUGACAAGCAAAAUUUAUUUUAAUUUAUUUUCACGGGAACUAAUUUUACGAAAACUGAAUUUUUGGUUAAGCCAAUCUGUGGUUUCAAAGUAUAAAUAGCAAAAUGCAAAAAAAGGAAAAGAAAAACAGGAAUAGGCCAUUUCCGAGUUACCUUGUGCCUCUGUUUUUUUUUUGGUUUUGUUUUUUGUUUUUUUCUUUAAUGAGUCCUAGUUCAAAACCCUUCAUAUGAAAUUGAGUUUGUUUCCAUGGAAAUGACCGUAAAGGUUUAAAACAUUUUCAUAUGAAUGGUAUCCCACGAAGACUGGUUUUGACAUAGAGGCUGAGGGCAACUCGGAAAUGGCCUAUUCUUCUGUCAUUUGUACUCUAACAACCGUGUUGUGUUACUAAUGAUAUGAUAAGCCUGAUUUGUCUCUAGCAGCGAUAAUUUGCUUGUCUUUAGUACUAAAACUUUUUAAGAAAGAAAUAUAAUAUAUUUAAUUACAUACAGUUUCCUUCUAAUUAUACUGUAAACUAAACCGGAGCUUCAGAUGUGAAUGCCACGUUAUAUAUAGGCGGUUAGUUGGGUAGAGUGUACUGGAGCGCAAGGAGUUACAGUGUUCGUAGCCACGGCGCCCAGCAUGAAGAUUAUAGUUAUUUUCUCCCAACGGGGGCCAAUAGUAAUACGGUAAUGGCAUUUCAAUUAUAAUAAUACUAAUAAUAACUAAUAUUUUCAGCGGACUCGGCAGUCACGUAAUACCAGUGAACCUGUUUUAUACACAAAGGCCUUCCGGAAAUAAAACGUACAAAAAGAGAUGUUAAAACUCAAAUGUGCGGACAAAAUACAAAAAAAAAACAAUAGUUCAAAAAUGAAUAAAUUAUUUAAGGCUAAAGAGUGCUAAAACUAAUCAAAAUAUUCUACACUAAGGAUUGAGAUUAAGACCUCCUUGUGCCGCGCUGGUAAAUUCUGAGACACUAGUUAGGGAUGUCCAGUCUUUAAAACAUAUUUUCUAAAAUACCUUGUCUAUAAAACUGCAUCUGGCUUUGCAUGACGAUUCCAUCAUUCUUUAAAUUCAAUCAUUCUAUUCAAUCAGUCUUUAAACAAACUAAGGACAAUAACGUAAACAUUGUAAAACUGCUGUUGAUUAAAAUAACCCUAAACCCAUCUUUCAACAAUUUUCACUUGGUUGUUGACUUUUUCUUCACCCCUUUC